AUCCCUGAACGCAACUCGCACCGUCCAACAUGGCGGCCCAGCGCAGGAAUUUGAUGCAGAGCCAUCAGAGCUGGACAGAUGACCUGCCGCUGUGUCAGAUGUGCGGGGUUGGCGCAGCAACCAACUGUGUGUAUGGCCCCGAUGGUAAAGGAACUCAGAGUCACCCCAAUGAGGACGGACACCUCAGGUUCAGAGGCGAGGAUGGCUGUUUCCUGUACGGUGUUUUUAACGGGUAUGAUGGCAGCAGAGUGGCCAGUUUUGCCUCUCAGUGUCUGACAGCUGAACUGCUGCUCGGACAGCUCAACUCCAGUCACACAGACAGCGACGUCCGCAGGAUCCUCACACAGGCCUUUGAUGUGGUGGAGAAGAGCUACUUUGAGACGAUAGAUGACGCUCUGGCAGAGAAAGCUCAUCUGUCCAACUACCUCCUACCACACAAUGAGAAUGUGUCAUUCCACCAGCUCUCUCCUCAGAGUCAGAAGGUGCAGGAGCGUCUCAAGGAGCUGGAGCAGGAGGUGUCAGGAGGAGCUACAGCUGUGGUGGCGCUGAUCCUCAACAACAAGCUCUAUAUCGCCAAUGUUGGUACGAACAGAGCACUGCUGUGCAAGUCCAGCAGCGACGGUCAGAACCAGGUUUUACAGAUCGGCCGACCACACAGCACUGACAACGAAGACGAGCUGCAGAGACUGGCUGCACUGGGUGUGGAUUCAGCUCGUGUGAGGCAGGCGGGGCAGAUUGCUGGUCAGAGCAGUACCAGGAGGCUCGGAGACUACCGGGUCAAGUUCAACUACAAUGAAAUCGAUCUGCUCAGUGCGGCCAAGACGAGGCCAAUCAUCGCAGAGCCAGAGAUUCAUGGCAGCCAGUCUCUGGACAGUGUGACAGGCUUCUUGCUGCUGAUGUCAGAAGGUCUAAUCAAUGCCCUUGAGUCCGCCCACGGCCCCGAACAAGCCAAUCAGGAAAUCGUUGCCAUGGUAGCGGCAGAGCUGGCCCUGCAGACCAGCUUGGAGGCCGUGGCUCAGUCGGUGGUGGAGCGCGUCAAACGGCUGCACCACGACGUCUACGUGUCCGGCCGUCAGAGGGCAACCUACUGUUCUCGCCACGAGGACAUGACCCUGCUCAUCCGCACGCUCAACUACCCGCUGGCUGACGGAGUGCUCACGCCCACGCAGGGUGGACGUAUCUACCCCGUGUCAGUGCCUUACUCCAACAGCCAGAGCACCAGUAAGACCAGUGUCACCCUCUCGCUGGUCAUGCCUUCACAGAGUACCCUCACCAAUGGGACCAACACGGCCUCCACCCUGGAGGAAGGCACCCCCACACCAGGCAGUCAGAGUCCCACAGCCACCCUCCAGUCCACCAACACCCAGACGCAGAGCUCCAGCUCCAGCUCGGGAGACGGCAGCCUGUUCCGCCAGAGAGGCAGCCAGGCUGCUCAGCCCGACGAGACGGGCAGGGUGCCACCUUACGUGGACUUCAGUCAGUUUUACCGCCUGUGGGGAAGUGACCACAGUGACAGCCAGAGCACCCAGGGAGGACUGGGACCCCAGUGAGGUGGACCAGGAGGGUGCUGGGUGCCAAUUGGAAAGGGACACAUGGAUUGCAAAGGGACAAAGAUUUUAAGAGGUAGUUAAAAUGACAGAUGAAAUGCUUUUAAUGUGUAAAAAUAAGUGACCUAAAGGUGCAUGGGGACGCAUUGAGGACAGACUGGGGUUACCGGGUCUUGCUGUCAAACAGAGGGUGAGCCGGUGGGCAAAGAACAACCCCGAGACCGUGAGAUACUCGUGUCACAAAAUGAUGUUUCCGCUUCUCUUUCAGAUGCUGGUCAUGAGUGAUUGUUAAUAUAUGUAAUCCAGAUUGUAGCCAUUAUUGUCACAUGUAAAAAAGAUGUAUCUGCAAACAUAAAUCUCAUAUACUUGACAGUUUGUCAACAGCGAUUAGUACGGCCUUAAAAUGGAUUUAAUGGAUGCGUUUGAAAGUACUUUUUAAUGAAAGUAAAUCUCGAAAUGACUCAAUAGGCUCUCUCAUCUUCAUAUUAAUAACAUGACAUUUGAUCAUCUCUUGCUUAAAAUAUAUCAAUUUUGAUUUGUUCAAACAAGACCUGGGGCCAGAUGUAUAAAACUGUAUUCACGACUAAAACUAUGUGUACCAGCAAA